GGCAAUCAUCAUGGAGAACUAGGAAGGAGAAUCAGGGACUGGUGAAGAUUAUGGUGUUCUUUUUGUUUCUCUCCUCUCUGAUAGCGUUUAUAUUAAAAACAUAUUCUACAAUAACGCAGUGAUUGCGUAGAAAUGCAUUCAAAUUAAAUGAUGAUAUUUCGGAAAUCGUGAAAACUAGGCAGCAAUAUCGGUAACGGUUAUAGUAUUAUGAACAUUAGAUAGCAGCACAGUGUUGGUGUUAAUAAUGUAUGUUGUUGUCAUUCGAACGAUGUUAGUAAUGUUGUUUGAGUUGGGCCAGAGGGUUUAGUAUGUACAUUGCCAAUUAAUAGCAUCACUAAUAACUGCGGGAAACAUUUUGGGAAGUCAGCUUUUUUUGUAUUCAGUCAGAUACAGACAUUUAAGAAAGCAAUACGCAUCAUAUGCAAGGACAGAGAGACCAGAAAAUCUAGUUCUGCGAUAUUUUACUAAACUGUAUAACUAUAAAUAAAAACGUGGCCGGUGUUACUGAAAGCCAAGAAGUGCAUUUAGUAUAAUGUACUAAGCAUGCUGCGAAAGGAAUAGUAUUGAAGAACAUUUAGGUAUACAUGUACAUAUUUGCAAAUCCAAUUGUUUUAUGCACAGGGUUGAUUUAAAACAGCAUGUUAACUCCUAAUUAACAAUUUGAAAAAAACAAAAAACAAAACAAAAACAAAAACAAAAAACAACUGACAAUGUCACUUGCAGAACAGUCUCAAAAGUGGUUCCCAACCCACGUCCAGGCCACCGUUCUGCAAGCCAAAGACCUCCACCCGAAAGGCAAGAACGGUACCAAUGACACUUACACCAUCAUUCAGUUAGGCAAAGAAAAGUACUCCACCUCCGUAGCCGAGAAGACCCUGAAUCCGGUGUGGAAAGAGGAAGCUUCCUUUGAACUUCCCGGUCUACUUCUGGAGGGCAAUCUGGAAAAAUACACUCUCAACCUGAUCGUGAUGCACAGGUCAUUGGUGGGACUGGACAAGUUUCUGGGGCAAGUGUCUAUCAGCCUCAAUGAAAUCUUUGACAACAAGGAAAGAAGAAAAAUUGACUGGUUCAAACUUGAGUCCAAGCCUGGGAAGAAGGGAAAGGACCGAGGGCAAAUCCAAGUCAACAUACAGUUCAUGAGGAACAACAUGACAGCCAGUAUGUUUGACCUCUCCAUGAAAGACAAGCCACGCUCGCCGUUCUCCAAACUCAAAGACAAGAUGAAGAGAGGGAAGGGGGACGGGACCUUCUCCGACACCUCUUCUGCCAUCCUCCCCAGGACGAGCACCCCUCGCUCUUCUGACCCCGAUAUCUCCGAGAUGAAUCAGCACAUGAAACCUAAACCAAAAAGAACGUUCCUCCUAGGGCCCCAGCGUCUGUCUGCUGCCCACUCCAUGUCUGAUUUGAUCGGAUCCCAUUUCUCUGGAGACAAAGUUAAGGCUAGCACAAUCGGGCAUGCUCCACUCUUUCGCCCCAAGCUAGACUCCAUGAAUUCCAUCGAUGAGAGUGGAAAUGUGAUCUCUCCCCAUAGACGAUCGCAGAGCGUCGACACUGCCAACCCUGAGCAGCCUGGCUACACUUCCACUGAGGGUAAAGGCAGCUAUGAAGGACACAGUGAUCUGUUCACCAACAUCAGCGAUUCUUUGCCCCAAAAGUCAGCCACUCUGCCCCGGAACAAAAACCCCUUUGAGCCGAGCAGUGGUGUCUCAUGGGAGGGCAGGACCAAUGUCAGAUCUGAGAAGAAGAAGGAGAAAGUGGGGCUUUUGGAGAGAGUCAAGGGGAAGAAAGACGGCAAGAAGUUGGAUAAGAUCGGCAAUGGGAAAUCAGGUAGUUCCAGUGACUUGAGGUCUCCCAAUCCUUUCAUUGACAGUCUACAAGGGGAUGCAGGAACAAACCCCUUCUCCACAAACUAUAAGUCAAAUACCAGCUCCAACUUAAUGGAGCCUUCAGGCAUUGAAGACAUCAAGAAAGCUUUAACGCCAAACAGCAGUGCCUACCCCAGGGACGAGGCAAAGGAAGGAAACCCUUUCAAUUCAGUGGCAUCUUAUCGCAAUCUUUCGUUCGAAGAGGUCGUUCAAGAGUUGAUCAAGCAGAAGGAAUUAGUGAAAAAGAAGGACGCCCAUAUUCGCGAGCUGGAGGACUACAUCGACGGCCUUCUUGUCAAGGUCAUGGAGGAAACUCCCAGCAUCCUCAGAGUGCCAUACGAGCUAGCCAAGAAAGCAGGGAAAUUUUCCAAACAGUAAAACAAAUAAAGAUUUAAUUUCUGUCACGGCGAUAAACACCAACGGAUCUGAUGUAUGUAGUACCAGUUUAACUUUCAGUACUGCAGAUCUAUGAAACUGAAAACUGGAGAUGGUGCACAGUACAUGUCAAUAUUGGUCUGGUUUCACAGAUGCUGAUUAGUAUUAAUAUGGGAGCUUAAUAAAUAUACUGCUAUGGCCAAACGUUUUGACAAGUUUAAACACGUGUGUGUGUGUGUGUGUGUGUAGAAUGAAUAGGGAGUACAUAAUAUAAUCAUUCUCUCACUUACAUAUCAGUCAUAGAUUAAUCUCUGCCAGUGACUUUUUCAGUUAAAUUUUUGUUUUAGAUCUUUUGAAUCUGCAGCACUUGAUGGGGUCUAUUUUAAUUCUGUUUACAUAGGAAGAUCUUUAUAAUACCCUUUGGGUUUAUAAACCUCAUUUUUUACGAACCUCAUUUCAUUGUAUUUUUAUUCCUUGUAAUAAUAAAUCACCAAGGUAAAAAAAAAAUGAGCUGGGUUAAUAAAGAGUUAGCAUAUUUAGAUCUACCACUGUUCAGAUCUAAAAUAGACGUCAGGGGUACUGCAUGAGGUAAAUAAAUAAAUAAAACACCUUUUCUAGCACAUGUGUCAAUGGUAACUGGGUAGUAACAGAAAACUAAUCUAAAAUCAGUGUUUGCCCUGUAUAUUGUUAUAGAAUUGAAACAUAUACUGUUAUAUAUUAGAAUCAUAGCAUGUCCGUACCUACCAACACACAUUAUGAAACAAAAGUGCAACCAUGGCAACACACACUCAAGGAAUUAAAGGUAGAAUGGAUUAUUUUACAAAAAAAGACACAUAUUAAAUACAAUAUGCAACUGGCAUAAUUUUUUUUUUUUUUUUUUUUUUUUAAUGAACAUCCUUAUUCAUGAUUCUCAAAAAGCCUGAACAUCAGUGCAAAUUCCAGUUAUAAUGAAUAACAUUGUAUUGUUCUUUGACUAUAUAUUUUUAAUUAAGCUGCCUAACUGUCAACGUGGGUUAGACCUACAACAUUGACCUUUAUCAAAGUUUGUCAAAACUCUUGAAACUGACUUGUAAAACAGCCAGAUGUCAGCCUUUGUUAUGUUACCUAUGUCCAGGAAGCCAGUUGUAUAAAGCAUGCCAAGCGAAAGACAACCCAUUUGUGCAGAAGUAUGUGUGAGAUAUUGCAGAUGUUUCUUCAUGCGUCUCCUGCAAAGUUAAUAUUGUGCACUAGUGGAGAUUUACCAACGCUGCAGUCUUCGACCUGAAAAAGUGUUGUUUUUAAUGUGUUUCUAUUUAGAACACAGUUUUUUAUGACCUUGAUACUUCCAAUGCUAUUUUUGACCUUGCAGACUGCAAGACUUGGGAACUUCAUAGCAACUGUUUUGCAGUCUGCUUAAUGCAUAUGGAAAAGUUCUUAAUAUACCACAGAACCACAUUAAAAAAUGCUGACGUACAUAGCAAGCAGUAACAUGGGAUUGUUCAUGCGAUGGCGAGGGUCUUGGUAAUUAGGAUUGUGAAGAUUUAUUUUUAUUUUUUGCUUUGUUUUUUGUUUCGUGCAACUGACAAUUCCAAAUAUGUUGUAACUACAUGACAACUACCUUAAAAGCAUUUAAAAACUUUAAUUGUAUCGCAGCCUUACUAUAUUAGCUGGGGUUUUUUCUGUUUAUUUCUUUGAUAUGCACUUUUACAUUUUUCUUAAUAUAAAGAAUUGCUUUAAAAGAACAUUAUUACAGUCUUCAAACAAUUAAACCAGAUUAGGUAUGAGCAAACUAUUAAAACGACCUACUUCCUGUUUUAAACUUUUUGUGUUUGUGCCUCUUAAAACACUAAGCUCUACCAUUUAUUUAUAUGUGGCUUUACUAUUAUAACAAUUUAUGUAGCAAUUCAGAACACUGGUUAUAUACCACACUGCUAAAAAAAUAAAUAAAUAUAAUAAUAAUAAUAAUAAUAAUAAUAAUAAUAAAGGUUCACAAACAAUACUGUCAUUAGUUUAUCCCAUGUAUGUAGCUAGCACUAAAUCACCAUAGUCAAUAGCAAAUAGUUAUAGAAAGUGUUUAAAACACUUGUGUUGUGAUAAAUUAAACAAAACAAAAAAAGUUUUAAAAUUCCAGAAUGUAUAAACUAGAAAAAAAAAAAAAAAAUGCCUUCUGUUAUUUACCAUACCGGUACCUAAAACAAGUGUCAAAGAAAGCUUAUUAACUUUGAAUGAAAUUUGAAUUGAAGUCAUAAUUAAAACACAAUCUAGAAGAACCUGUACUGUAAGGAUGCAGGGGACUGUAAAAUAUAAAAUAAUAUCAAGUCAUCCACAUCCACAAUCGUAGCAGUGCCAAAUAUCUGUAGCAUUAAUUUUAAGUUAAUAUUUGCUUAGUUAUGUAAUUAUUGCCAAAUGCUUGCAGCUUAACUUUGGGUGUGUACGUCUUAGAGUGAACACAGACAAUGAUAUUACUGAAUACCUAAUACAGAACCAUGCUACAUUUAUAUACACGUCUUUUUUUCAUUCUAAUUUUAUUGAAAUCAGUAAUAGUACAGUUUUAAAAUUGUAGAAGACACGGAUAUGAAAUAUAUGU